AUUAUCUGAAAGGCGGAGUUCUGUGUAACUCGCAUUGUAUUAUCGACUGACUCUUAUCAUCUCAGGCAUAAAAGCCCAAGCUCUAGCACGCACGUUCUGACCGGCUGCCUUCGCUUCUGUCUUUGGGCCAAAUUGGACUUGCGGGGGUUCAAGUCACACGUGUUGGUAACAUGUUGCUGCAGCGCCAUGCGCCAGGCUUCACCAAGGUUCCGUCUCGGCAGUGCAAACCGAGCGUACCGAUUGCAAGGCAACCGCGCAGCAGCGUGUGUGCUCGCGCCACUCCCGGAGCAGAUCUGACCACGAACUAUGUUAUCGAGCCAGUCAGCUUUGGUGAGGAUGCCGUUUUGGAAUGCCCGGAGAUGCGGUCGAAGCUGGUGGUCAGGCCCAGCCCCUUUGUCACUCACAACAACUUCGGUGGCGGCUUCGUGUCUGACCAGGACCGUGUGGCGUUGAACUCCAUGCGCUUUGCCUCCCCCGACUCCGCGGGCGCCAGCCGCUCCAACUUCUUCCCGCACGGCGGCAAGGGCGGCAUCAACGUGCUGGAGGCGUCCAUGGACCAGCUGAACAUGACGCUGCCGCCCUGGGCCAUCCGCGCGGGGGCGAGGCGGGAGAUCUACUUCGACCCCUCGCAGACCACCGCCGCCAUCGUCACGUGCGGCGGCCUGUGCCCCGGCCUCAAUGACGUCGUACAGGGCCUGGUGAACAAGCUGACUGACUACGGCGUGCCCGAGGGCAAGAUCCUGGGCAUCAAGUACGGAUUCAGGGGCUUCUACGACCCGCAGGUAAAGCCCAUCGUGCUGAGCAAGCGCGUGGUGGACGGCAUCCAGCUGCAGGGCGGGACCAUCCUGGGCACCAGCCGCGGAGGAGCCAACAUCAGGGAGAUCGUGAAGCGCAUUGACAUGUGGGGCAUUGACAUGCUCUUUGUGGUGGGCGGCAACGGUGGCAACGCGGGCGCCAACGCCAUCAACGCUAUGUGCCGGCAGCACGACGUGCCCUGCUCCGUGGUGGGCGUGCCCAAGUCCAUCGACAACGACAUCCUGCUCAUCGACAAGUGCUUUGGCUUCGACACGGCGGUGGAGGAGAGCCAGCGCGCGCUCAUGGCGGCAAAGGUUGAGGCCAGCAGCGCGCGCAAGGGCAUCGGCCUGGUCAAGCUGAUGGGCCGCCAGUCGGGAUUCAUCGCCAUGCAGGCCUCCAUGGCCAGCGGUGUGGUGGACGCCUGCCUCAUCCCCGAGGUCAACUUCAAGCUGGACGGCGACAACGGGCUGCUCAAGUACCUGGACGGCGUCAUCAAGGCCAAGGGGCACGCGGUGGUGUGCGUGGCGGAGGGCGCGGGGCAGGACAUUCUGGAGGACGGCGGCCAGAUCGGCACCGACGCCAGCGGCAACCCCAUCCUCAAGGACAUCGGCGCCUUCCUCAAGGACAAGUUCAAGGCCUACUUCAAGGACGCAGACAUCAAGUACAUCGACCCCUCCUACAUGAUCCGCUCCGUGUCCACCACCACCAACGACCGCAUCUACUGCAAGAUCCUGGCGCACAACGCCGUGCACGCCGCCUUCGCCGGCUUCACCGGCAUCACCGUGGGCCUGGUCAACACGCACUACGUCUACCUGCCCAUCCCGGUCAUCAUCCAGGCGCCGCGCAAGGUGGACCCGCGCGGCAAGGCCUGGAACCGCCUGCGUGCCGCCAUCGGCCAGCCCAGCUUCCAGUAAGGAGGAGGGACUGACGGCGCUGGGCAGAGGAUGGAAUGGCGAGGAAGAGGAAUGGCUAGGACGAGAGGUUGAGGGGCGGCGAGAAGGUGCCGGAGGCAGGUGCAAGCAGGAGCACGCUCGCAUGAGCGGGCGUGGAGGCAGCAGUACGGAGGCGGGGGAGAUUGGCAGUACUUUGUGCAUCCAGAGGAGGGUUUUGUGCACCAGGGCAUCACGGGGCAAGCAUGCGCGUCCGUGGGGCCAGUGUGUGACUGGGCGAGUGCCACAGCUUGAGGCCGCAUUCGACAUUGAUGUGCCUAGACAGGUAGCUUGGGUUUGCACGCCGCGCCGCGCGAAACACGUAUCAUCACGAGGCAAUGCAGCUGAGACCAAUACAUGCACGUGCACGUGCACUGCGCCUGCGCGUGCUUCUUCUUACCUAGCUGAUUGGGAGGCGUCUCCGUCGUGUGUCACAGGGCUGCCCGAUAUUAUUCUUUGAGCAUGAGUGUGUUUGCGGGGUGUGUAGGCACUAGGCAGUGCGUCCAUGCAUGGCGGGCGUGGGGCGGGCAUUCCUUCCCACUGCUGCCUGCGGGUAAUGUACAACGUGUGAGCGGCACGUGACGGCUCACGGUGUUGGUGCACGGAGAGGGCUGGCCAGCUGGACGGCCCCGGCAACGAACACCGCUGUGUGACUCUGUGUGAGGGAUCAGGCGUGUAACGUACAAGAGCUGU